AUGAACUAUCUCCUUCAUCGACAACGAAGUCCCGGCGCGGUCAUACCGAUCCCAGAGGAACUGGAGCAACUGAUGGGGGAAAUGAGUCGCGAAGUACUCCGCGCUCAGCCACCGAAUGUGAUCUCCUUCCUGGCGGACUAUCUCGAGGACAAGCUGGCGCGCCGUGAGAACCAGCGUAUAGCGGAAAAGAUUGUCGACAAUGUGCUGGACUUCAGUAUGGACAUUGUGGCCAUGCUGGAAUCGGUCGGUAUUGAUUCUCCGCGUGCCGAAGCGGCAGUGAAACGCAUCCGGGAGGAGUUCCACCGUCACUUUGAGACAAAACCGGACGAUGAACGAUUGCGCGAAACAUUCCGGGAGCGUGAGGUGCUAGAGCGAUUGGUUAAGGAGUGCCACUUUAGCGAGCAGGAAGCACGUAAAGCGUCGCGUAUAAUCGAACAAGCGUACCGGACGUACUACUUCCGAAAUGCGUACAAGGAGCCGCACGCCGUCGCUAAGGAUAAGGACUGGCGACAGGCAGCGAAACACACGCUUGGUCUCUACGCCCAGACUGGUCCAACUAAAGAAGAGAUGGAAAUCGCUGCACGUCGAAUUCAAGCUGCGUAUCGUGCGUACUAUACACGCAAACGCCGGGAACUAGAUCAGAACGCAACACUCAUCCAGCGAGCCGUUCGAAGCCACCAAAGUCGCCGACUGCAGGAGGCAGCAGUUGUCGGUGUACCUUCGGAAAUUCUCACUCGCGAAAUCAUUGAUCACGACCUGUAUACACCAUCGGAAGAUAUUCGCAAUUUAAUCAAUGCUGCUCUUGAAGUUGGCGAUGAUUCAACUCGUACGCAAGAGAUGACCACGGACGAUGCCGCCACCUUGAUCCAAUCAGUGUUCCGUGGUCAUCAGACCCGAAAGCAAACGGUUCCAAAGUCUCCAACGCCCGAUGUGGACGUGGAACAAGCCGCCAUAUUGCUCCAAUCGACAGCCCGGGGACAUCUGGCACGUAAGCGCGUACGGGACGAGAAGCAUCAGCACGAGAUGGCCACCCUGCUGCAGUCCCACGCCCGUGGCUUUCUGGCCCGCAAGCAACUACCGCGGAACGAUCCGUCAGACGCGUAG